AGGGACGAAGCCGGAGCUGGUUUGGAGCAGCGGCCUGUGGGACCCCUUGACCCCGGCCAUGUCGCCCAAAAACAACUUUAUGAACUCGUUAGGAGACCUCUUUGGCCAGUUCUUGGGCAUAGUGAAGCUGUACCUUCAUCACGUGGCUCGCCUUUGCCUGGUCAGCACCUUUUUGGAGGAUGGCCUGCGUAUGUGGUUCAAAUGGGACGAGCAGAGGGACUACAUCGAUCAAUCUUGGGACUGCGGCCCCUUCCUGGCUACCUCCUUCGUGUUCAUCAAUAUGUCGGGCCAGUUAGUGGGGUGUGUACUACUCUUAACCCGCAAAUUUGUUCCUUAUACCUGUUUUGGGCUAUAUGGAAUUAUCUUCAUGCAGGUCAUAGCAUACAAUGUUUUAUGGAACCCCAAGUUCUUAAUGAGGAACAUGGCCUUAGGAGGUGGUCUCCUCCUGCUCGUAUCAGAGUUGCAAUUGGAAGGGAGAUCUAAGUUUGUGGGCAACGCCAGGAUGGAUGGUAUCUUUCCCCGGCAGUAUAUGCAGCUGUGUGGAAGAGUUCUGCUGGUCUUCAUGUUCCUGUCGCUGCUGCACUUUGAAGUUAGCGCUUUCUCUAUCUUCCAGGACGUCUUUGGUGUGGUGAUGAUUGUCCUGGUGGCCAUUGGGUUCAGAACCAAACUGGCCGCCACGACCCUCGUGAUCUGGCUGUUCAUCCUGAACUUGGCAAAGAAUGCCUUCUGGACCGUCCCGGCUGAGAGACCCCUCCAUGACUUCCUGAAAUACGACUUUUUCCACAGCAUGUCAGUCAUAGGCGGUCUUCUCCUGGUCAUAGCGAUGGGCCCGGGUAAAGCUUCCGUAGAUGAACGCAAGAAGAAGUGGUGAUGAUGGGAACAGAGAGACCGAGGGGAAUGAGGAAGAAGAGGCGAGAUGACUUUACCGCUGUUUUUACUUUGAACCUGUUUGAGUUUGUGUGUUAUUCUUUUCUUCCCCUAGCCCAUCCCUCCACCACCAGGACCCUACCUCUUGUCUGUUGCCUUCUCAGGGAAGAAGUCCCUGCUUCCUCUCCAGUGCCAGAGAGAGAGAG